AUGCCCUCCGCACCAACAGACCGGAAAUGGUGGAAAAACGCCAUCAUCUACCAGAUCUACCCGGCCAGCUUCAAAGACUCCAACGGCGAUGGCAUCGGCGACCUGCCCGGAAUCCUCUCGGAGCUGGACUACAUCGCCGGACUGGGAGUCGACGCGAUCUGGAUCUGCCCUAUGUACGACAGCCCGCAAUACGACAUGGGCUACGACGUCUCCGACUACCAGAAGGUAUACCCCCCCUACGGCACAGUUGAAGAUAUGCAGAGGAUUAUCGACGCUUGUCACGCGCGCGGGAUGCGCCUUAUCCUCGAUCUCGUGGUGAACCAUACCUCGUGGGACCACCAGUGGUUCAAGGAGUCGAGGGAGUCGAAAACGAACCCCAAGCGCGACUGGUAUAUCUGGCGACCGGCGAAGUACGAUGCAAAUGGGAAGCGGUGCCCGCCGAAUAACUGGCGGAGUAUCUUUGGGGGGCCGGCGUGGGAAUGGGACGAGGCCACGCAGGAGUAUUACCUGCAUUUGUUCUGCGUGGAGCAGCCGGAUCUGAACUGGGAGAAUGAGCAGGUCAGACAGACUGUCUAUAAGGAUGUUAUGGAGUUUUGGCUGGACAAGGGUGUGGAUGGGUUCCGUGUUGAUACGGUGAAUAUGUACAGCAAGGACCCGGCGUACCCGGAUGCGCCAGUCCUGGCUCCGGAGUCGGAUACGCAGGUGGCGUUCUCGCUGUUCUGUAAUGGUCCUCGCAUUCAUGAGUAUUUGAAGGAGAUGAACGAGGUGCUGGAGAAGUACGAUGCCAUGACAGUUGGCGAGCUUGGACAGACACCGACGAUGGAGGGCGUGCUUGCAUACGUCUCCGCAGCAGAGAAGCAGCUCAACAUGGUCUUUUCCUUUGACGUCGUGGAUCUAGGAAUGGGCAAAGACUACAAGUUCCUCACAGGCAAGCGAAACUGGGCACUGCCCGAGUUGAAGACGGCAAUCCAGCGGACGCAGAACAUCGUCAAUGGAACCGAUGGCUGGACCACGGUGUUCAUGGAGAACCACGACCAGGGCCGGUCAGUCUCGCGAUUUGGAUGCGACAGGACGCCAGAGCUGCGUGACGCAUCGGCCAAGAUGCUGGCUAUCUUCCAAUGCACGCUGUCCGGUACGCAAUUUCUAUAUCAGGGACAGGAGAUCGGCAUGGUGAAUGCGCCCGAGGAAUGGGGCGUCGAGGAGUACAAGGACUGCGACAGCACCAACUACUACCACAUGGUAAAGGAGAUGAGCAACGGCGAUCCCAGUAAGCUGAAGGAAGCCCUACUUGCGAUGCAGCAUCUGGCGAGAGACCAUUCGCGUCUGCCGAUGCAGUGGAGUGCAGAGCCCAAUGCGGGUUUCUCUGCGGCGUCUGCGAAGCCGUGGAUGAGGGCCCAUGAUAACUAUACAGACGUCAAUGUGCAGGCACAGAAUGACAAUUCUUCGUCUGUUCUGUCGUUCUGGAAGACGAUGAUGCGACUGCGGAAGGAGUAUGCAGAUGUGCUCGUAUUCGGCACAUUUGAGCUCCUGGACGAGCGGAAUGAGGAGGUCUUCAGCUACAUCAAGAAAUCAGCAGAGCGAUCAAUCCUUGUGACUUUGAAUUUCUCUGACAGCCCCCAAAAGAUUGCGCAAGCCGAUGGGGAGAAGCUGCUGAUCAGCAGCGGCGGGGGGAGCACGGAGAGCACGGAUCUGCAGGCGUGGGAGGGGAGAAUAUAUGAACUGGCCCACUAG